CUCUCCUCUCCUCUCCUCUCCUUUUCUCUUCACUUCACUCCACUCCGCCCUGCUCGCCUCUCCUUCAGCUCCCACGACACGCCAACAGACGGCAUUUCCACCUCCGUCCCUCCGACCGAUGGCCGAGAAGACGACCUCUCGCGGAUUCAUGGUCUGAUUCGGCGCCGCCCCAUGCUCCCUAGUGACAGCCUCAUAGCGACUAAACACUCAUUUGCGCCACGAGGCUAUGGAUUCCGGUCGCCUCGAGUUGGUUCGGCCGGCCGAUUUGGCCAAGCCUCCAUUUUGCUCCGACGAAUUCCAGUCGGAAGCCUUGAACAUCUUCACUACUCCUCUUCCUCCGCCAUCUCACUCGACCAACUUGUCUCUUCCGGCGAAAGGAUGUUCCAGCCAACUGGGCUGCUCGUCGAAACCGGCUUGGCCCGACUGCCCGAUCUGUUCCACGGCGCCACGUAUCUGCCCGGCGGCGAGCUCACACCGUCUGUCCUGCCGGUCCAACUGGAGACAGUCUCGUCGUCAGGCCGACCGGCCUACCUGAGCCCCGUGGGUCAGAUGACUUUGGUACCGUCGUCCGGCGCCCUCCAGACCACCGGCUCGAUGCUGGGUCUGCUGUUAGCGCCCAGCGACCAGACGACUCAGACGGCUCUGCUGUCUUCGCUGGCGGCCGGCGCGACGCCGUUGCUUGGUCGACCCAUUUCGGCCGACGCCGGACUCGACGUCUGGCUCCGCGGCGGCAGUGGUACCGGCAUCUCCAGCCUCAGCAACUGCAGCCGAGGCCUGACGACCUCGGAGACGAUGGCGACCUGCCUCGCCGGCGCCGUCGGCUCCGACGCUCUGGCAGCCUCUUUCGGCGCCAACAACGGUCUCCAACCGUCGGUACCAACCGUCGGUGCUUUUUGUCCUCCAGAGUCAGCCGGUAGACCGGUCGGCGGUCGAGAUACGGACGUCAUCAAACUGUUCGUCGGCCAGAUACCACGCAACCUGAGUGAGGACGACAUUGGGCCGCUGUUCACGAUGUUCGGAGAGAUCCAUGAACUGAUCGUCCUGCGCGACAAGAUCACCGGGAUCCACAAAGGUAGGCAGAAUUAA